AUGAAAAAAAACAAGAAAAUAAGCGAUCGUAUCAACAAGAAAUUGUAUUGGGUCAAUGGAAGCCACGUGGACGAGACCAUCACCUACAAUCAGUACACCAUUGAUACUGCCGUCAUAGCUCCAACCACAGAGUCUCCAGAAAUCAAGCAAGCGAUCCUCCAACAGUCUGUGAAUUCCAUCAAGCAGACGAAGACAACAAUGGAACACAAGGUGGAUUUCUUGAUGAAGCACUACACAUCAGUAUGCCCAGACGUUCGCUCGCGCGUCAACGCCGCCACCAGCGAAUUGUUCGACGUGACCAGCGAGGUGUACGAGUUCACAAGCCUGCAUGUCAUCGAUAACAUGGGACAACCGAUCGCUACAGGACCGGGACCAGGACUUCCAGCGCCAUUUAGAGCCGCCGCUACAUACUUCCGAAUCAAGCUCAGAUUGGUCCCCCGGCUUUGCUCCCUACAAACUGACAUUGGAAUCGACCCAAAAAAGUUCCCACCGUCCUCCAAUAGAGCUGUAUACCUUCCAGUGCCAAGAGUCCAGAACCAGAUUGAUGUAUCCAUCACUCGCCAAAUGGUAACAGACCAAGCACGUCACAAGAAAAUCAUCGCAGCAAUGGUAGCAUUGGGAGAAGAGUUCUCGAUGAGAGCCGCAACCAGAGACGGAGAACCUGACAACAAAGCCUACGAAAAGUGGUCCAAGCAACAGAUUGCCAAGACCCAAUUCCAAGCGCUCGAACAAGCACUCAUGGCCACCUACGUCGGACUACAACAAGGAAUGGAGACGCCAAACCAACAACUGGCAAAACUCAACAUGAUCCGAUAUGAAGGAGGCACAAUGAUGUACGACAGCGUGGCUACGUUAUUUGGCAGAAUCGCCACGAUUCUAAACGGGUUCAAUCACGAGAAUCCCCCACCAACCAACCUAUCGGACUUGGCAGGCGUAGCAUUCCAAGCCUUCACACAAGAAAUCAAGGACGUUGUGGCUGAACACCUAGAGACGGGAGCAGCAGGACCACUACUCAUGGACUACCCCAGCAACCUGACUUGA